CAUUCAAAUGCGAAACUCAAAAAGCUUUCUAAUUUCAAAAUCUUAGCUCUCUCACACACACAGCUGCACACAAAAAUUGCGAAAAGCCUCUUUCUUCUUCUCUCCAAUAUCUCUUCAUCUUCCCCUCUUUUCAUCUUCUCAUACUGAUUCUUACUCUUGUUGACUAUCAAGUCGCCGAUUGAUAUGGAGAAUCUCAUAGCAUUAGUUAACAGAUUACAGAGAGCUUGUACUGCACUUGGAGAUCAUGGCGAAGAGAGUUCGUUGCCUACUCUUUGGGACGCUUUGCCUACUAUCGCUGUUGUCGGUGGACAGAGUUCUGGGAAAUCUUCAGUGCUUGAGAGCAUUGUUGGAAAAGAUUUUUUGCCUCGUGGAUCAGGAAUUGUCACCCGCCGCCCCCUUGUUCUACAGCUUCAUCGGAUAGAAGAAGGUAGAGAAUAUGCAGAAUUUGGACACCUACCAAGGAAGAGGUUUACUGAUUUUGCUGCUGUGAGGAAAGAGAUUGCUGAUGAGACUGAUCGAGAAACUGGCCGCAGCAAACAGAUUUCUAGUGUGCCAAUUUAUCUCAGUAUAUACUCUCCAUAUGUUGUUAACUUGACUCUGAUCGAUCUUCCUGGACUUACAAAAGUAGCAGUUGAGGGACAGCCUGACAGCAUUGUACUAGACAUUGAAAACAUGGUUCGGUCUUAUAUUGAGAAGCCCAAUUGUAUUAUUCUUGCAAUUUCCCCUGCGAAUCAAGAUCUUGCAACAUCGGAUGCAAUCAAGAUUUCUCGUGAAGUAGACCCUAAAGGAGAAAGGACAUUUGGAGUUCUGACCAAGAUUGAUCUCAUGGAUAAGGGUACCGAUGCUGUCGAUAUGUUGGAAGGAAAAUCAUAUAAGCUACAGUUUCCAUGGAUUGGUGUUGUCAAUCGUUCACAAGCUGAUAUCAACAAAAAUGUGGAUAUGAUUGCUGCUAGGCGUAGGGAGAAAGAGUACUUUUCUAGUACCCCUGAGUACCGGCAUCUUGCUAACAGGAUGGGUUCAGAACAUCUUGGGAAAGUUCUGUCGAAACAUUUGGAGUCUGUUAUCAAGUCUCGGAUUCCAGGUCUCCAGUCUCUUAUCAACAAAACUAUAAUUGAGCUAGAAACUGAGUUGAGCCGUCUUGGAAAGCCCAUUGCCACGGAUGCGGGAGGAAAAUUGUACAUGAUAAUGGAAAUCUGUCGUAGUUUUGAUGGAAAUUUCAAAGAACAUCUUGAUGGAGUUCGACCAGGAGGUGAUAAAAUAUAUUACGUGUUUGAUAAUCAGCUCCCUGCUGCAUUGAAGAGACUGCAAUUUGACAAGCAACUUUCAAUGGACAAUGUAAGGAAACUUAUAACUGAAGCGGAUGGAUAUCAGCCGCAUUUGAUAGCUCCUGAACAAGGAUAUCGUCGUCUCAUUGAAUCUUCCAUAGUUUCUAUGAAGGGUCCUGCUGAAGCAGCUGUUGAUGCGGUUCAUGCUAUACUGAAGGAACUGAUUCACAAGGCAAUCAGUGAGACUGCGGCAAGUUCCCUUUCGUUUCUAGUUGCUGUUCGGAGUUAAUGAUACAUAAAUUGUUAUAAUUAUUAUUCUGGUGUGUUAAGGGUCUAACAGCUGGACGCAUGCUUCUUCUCUGUGCAGGAGCUAAAGCAAUACCCCUCCCUACGAGUAGAGGUCAGCAAUGCAGCUGUUGAAUCACUAGAAAGGAUGAGGGAUGAAAGCAAAAAAGCAACUCUUCAGCUGGUUGAAAUGGAGUGUAGUUACCUGACCGUAGAUUUCUUCCGAAAGCUUCCUCAAGAUAUUGAGAAGGGAGGGAAUCCGACACAUUCUAUUUUUGACCGGUACAAUGAUUCCUAUCUUCGCAGGAUAGGGUCAAAUGUCUUGUCUUAUGUCAAUAUGGUUUGUGCAACUUUGAGGAAUUCAAUUCCAAAGUCUGUAGUUUAUGGUCAAGUGCGGGAGGCCAAACGCAGCUUGCUUGAUCAUUUCUUCACUGAUUUAGGCAAGAAGGAGGGGAAACAGCUUGGUACUUUGUUGGAUGAGGAUCCAGCAAUUAUGCAGCGUCGCCUCUCUCUGGCAAAGAGACUUGAGUUAUACAGAGCUGCUCAAGCUGAGAUUGAUUCAGUAGCAUGGUCUAAGUAAACAGAACUACACAAGCUUCCAUUUUUCAUCACUUCUCGUUCACCACGAUUUGCGUAUAGAGAUAGGUGACCAGUGAUUCUUUGCCUCGAUUUGUAUUUCUUAUUGUAGUAGUUAUAAGUAGUGAUUAGGUUAAAACUGCUGCUUGCGUGGGUAGUGUCAUCGACAGUACUAAAAGCCAAGUGUAUGGACUUGAUAUUGCUAUUACAUAGAAAACCCCUUUGCUUGUAGAGUAUAUAAUAUAUUGAAUGUGAUGUCUUGCCAUUUCAUAC